AUGUAUAUAUCAACAUCUUCUCUUCUCGGCACAACCAAUACUAACACACUCUUUUCUAGAACCUUCUCCGCUUCUCCUCCUUCUCUAACUGCCUACUCAUCUUGCACUUCUCGAUCAUUCACUUGUUCCUUUCACCGCCUGCGUUGUAAUUCUUCUCCCACUCUUCGUCCUCAGAUCAAAGCCGUCGCUCCUGCAGUAGAAAGUUUCCACCACAAAAUCGCCACAGAAAAUCCCUUCAAGGGAAACUUGACAAGUCUUCCUAGGCCAGGUGGUGGCGAGUUUGGAAAAUUCUAUAGUCUUCCUUCACUCAGUGAUCCAAGAAUUGACAGGUUACCAUACUCGAUUAGAAUUCUCCUUGAAUCCGCCAUUCGCAAUUGCGAUAACUUCCAAGUCACUGAAGAGGAUGUUGAAAAGAUUAUUGACUGGGAAAACACAUCUACUAAGCAAGUUGAGAUUCCUUUCAAGCCUGCACGUGUUCUCUUGCAGGAUUUUACUGGAGUGCCAGCUGUUGUCGAUUUGGCCUGCAUGCGAGACGCUAUGAAUAAACUUGGCAGUGAUUCAAACAAAAUCAAUCCUUUGGUUCCUGUUGAUCUCGUCGUUGACCAUUCAGUUCAAGUUGAUGUGGCAAGAUCAGAAAAUGCAGUGCAGGCUAAUAUGGAACUUGAAUUCCAAAGAAACAAGGAGAGAUUUGCUUUUCUUAAAUGGGGAUCAACGGCAUUCCAUAACAUGCUCGUUGUUCCUCCUGGUUCUGGUAUCGUACAUCAGGUCAAUCUUGAAUAUCUUGGAAGAGUAGUUUUCAACAAUGAGGGCUUACUCUAUCCUGAUAGUGUGGUUGGGACUGAUUCACAUACAACUAUGAUAGAUGGGCUUGGUGUUGCUGGAUGGGGUGUUGGAGGUAUUGAAGCCGAGGCAGCAAUGCUCGGUCAGCCCAUGAGCAUGGUUUUACCUGGAGUUGUUGGAUUCAAGCUAUCUGGAAAUCUGCGCAAUGGUGUUACAGCAACUGAUUUGGUUCUAACUGUGACACAAAUUCUUAGAAAGCACGGUGUUGUAGGGAAAUUUGUUGAAUUUUAUGGUGAUGGUAUGAGUAAAUUAUCUUUAGCUGACAGAGCAACUAUUGCUAACAUGUCUCCUGAAUAUGGCGCCACCAUGGGCUUCUUUCCUGUGGAUCACAUUACGUUGCAAUAUCUCAAGCUAACUGGGAGAAGUGAUGAGACUGUAGCGAUGAUAGAGUCUUAUCUCAGGGCAAACAGACUGUUUGUUGACUAUAAUGAGCCACAACAAGAUAGGGUAUAUUCAUCAUAUCUUGAAUUAAACCUGUCCGACGUAGAACCAUGUAUCUCAGGACCAAAGAGACCCCAUGACCGGGUUCCUUUGAAAGAAAUGAAGGCCGACUGGCAUACAUGUCUUGAUAACAAUGUUGGAUUUAAGGGAUUCGCUAUACCAAAAGAAGCACAGGGAAAAGUUGCGAAAUUUGAUUUUCAUGGGCAGCCAGCAGAGCUCAAGCAUGGUAGUAUAGUGAUUGCUGCAAUCACAAGUUGUACGAAUACAUCAAACCCAAGUGUUAUGCUUGGGGCUGGCCUUGUUGCGAAAAAGGCUCAUGAGCUUGGUUUACAGGUCAAGCCUUGGGUUAAAACAAGUCUUGCUCCAGGCUCUGGAGUUGUUACUAAAUAUCUACUCCAGAGUGGUCUGCAAAAGUAUCUGAAUGAACAAGGUUUUCAUAUUGUUGGAUUUGGCUGUACAACAUGCAUUGGCAAUUCAGGGGAUCUGAAUGAAUCUGUUGCUUCUGCCAUCUCAGAUAAUGACAUUGUGGCAGCUGCUGUGUUGUCUGGGAACCGUAAUUUUGAGGGCCGAGUUCAUCCCUUGACAAGAGCUAAUUAUCUGGCUUCACCACCUCUGGUUGUUGCUUAUGCUCUUGCUGGCACGGUUGACAUUGAUUUUGAGAAAGAGCCAAUUGGGACAGGGAAGGAUGGCAAGAAUGUCUACCUGAGAGAUAUCUGGCCAUCUACCGAAGAAAUUGCAGAGACUGUUCAAUCUAGUGUGUUACCUGACAUGUUCAGAAGUACAUAUGAGUCUAUCACAAAGGGAAACCCUAUGUGGAACCAACUACAAGUACCAGCUGACACUCUCUACUCUUGGGACUCCGACUCAACAUAUAUUCAUGAGCCUCCAUACUUCAAGAACAUGACCAUGGAUCCUCCCGGAUCUCAUGGUGUGAAAGAUGCCUAUUGCCUGCUAAACUUUGGUGACAGUAUAACCACCGAUCAUAUUUCUCCAGCUGGAAGCAUUAACAAGGACAGUCCUGCUGCCAAAUACCUCCUAGAGCGCGGGGUUGAAUGCAAAGACUUUAAUUCUUAUGGAAGUCGUCGUGGCAAUGAUGAGAUGAUGGCGAGGGGAACCUUUGCCAACAUUCGCCUUGUUAACAAACUCUUAAACGGGGAAGUUGGCCCUAAGACAGUUCACAUUCCAACUGGGGAGAAGCUUUAUGUGUACGAUGCAGCAAUGAGAUACAAGGCUUCUGGGCAAGACACCAUUGUUCUAGCUGGAGCUGAAUAUGGAAGCGGAAGUUCUAGAGAUUGGGCGGCCAAAGGUCCAAUGUUAUUGGGGGUCAAAGCUGUGAUAGCUAAAAGUUUUGAGAGAAUUCAUCGCAGUAACUUGGUAGGAAUGGGUAUUAUUCCUCUUUGCUACAAACGCAGGGAGGAUGCAGAUACAUUGGGAUUGACUGGUCAUGAACGUUAUACAAUUGACCUUCCAAAUAAAAUCAGUGAGAUCAAGCCUGGCCAAGAUGUCAAAGUCACAACUGAUAGUGGAAAAUCGUUCACCUGCAUUGCACGCUUUGACACCGAGGUGGAACUUGCUUACUUCAACCACGGAGGAAUUCUUCCAUAUGUCAUACGUAACCUCAUUAAGCAGUGA